AUGGGAUCUAUAGGGACGCUGAACACUGUGGCUAAGGCGGCCAUAGUCUGUCGAAGCGUCCUACAUUCUUGUCUUCUCCUGGCAGCAGUGUUGUCUCUUGAUGGCAGAGAGGGGGCACUCGCAAGACAACUCCCGCGUUGCUCUACAGGACCAGGCGCAGCCCCACUGGAACCUCAUCAUGCUUUUCGGCUUGGUCGCAUGCAACUUAGUACACCAGUAGCAGCGCGAAGCGGCAGCAAGCAGUUCCUCCCGGUGGAGCAUCGGUUUGUGCCUUCUUUCCUUUCUUGGUGGACUUCACCGGUGCCAGAAUACACCGAGGCUUCAGUGGCGGGGGAGUGGGACGUCCGUGCCAAGCUGCAGGACGGUUUGCAUGGAGAUGACUCGAGCAUCGCUGCAGCUAAUGCAGCAACAGAGGCAUUAACGCGAGCUGUUGGUCCUAAAGAAGCAGCAACAUUUCUACGCGUUUGGGAGGCACUCCGGACGAGAAAGCGUUUGUUAUUGUCACUGUCUACCAACCGCAUUGCGGCAUUAAGCUUGCCGCAGAAGUACUCCCUAGGUAGCAGUUUUUCAGUCACAGGCAUUUGGCAGGUGCGCCGUAGGCCCUUUCUCCCUUCCGUUGUGGAGGUAGAGUUUGGAUUCCCUGCGGACGUGCCCGAAGUUAUUUUGGUUUUGCAAGCCCCCCUGAAGUCGGGUACUUGGCUCAAACACGUGCCGCAGGUCGGCCCUGGAGAGGCGAGUCUUGCUUUCUCGCCUUUCUUUCCGUGGAAGAGUCUCCGGCUAGGGGUGGUAGAAAUGAAACCCCACGAGAAGGACCCGACGGUUGACACUUUGUUACAAUAG